GAUUCAACUAUAUCAAGAUUCUGACCCCCUAAAAGACUUUUUGAUACUUUAUAUAAUAGUACUAGUAGUUAAACAAAAAUCGAAAAAACUAUUUUUGGUCAUUUUCAAUUCUCCCACCAAUAUUAUUUGAUUCUUCAUUCUUGAAACCAUAUUAAUAUAUUUAUUUUCUGGAGAAAUAAGGGAAAUAAUUUAUCAUUAUUAAUCAUAAAAAUAAUAGGGAUAAGUAAUAACCCAUAAUUAGUAGAGAAAUCAGAUAAUAUUCAAGUUCUUUAGGAAAUUUAAUUUUAUAUCUUCAAAGAUAUAUAUGUUUUGUCUCUCACACAGACAAACACAUCAAAUAAGGCAACUAACUUCAUUACAUUGACUGCGUGUUUGGCUUUACGUGUUUCACUUUCUACCUCCUCUGUCACGGAAGACAAAAAAAUAUACGAACAUGAAGAUUUAAGAUCUUCUCCGACGACUUUUUCCUGAGUAAAUUUAACCCUGAAGAAGAGCUACUCUUGAAAUUAGUUUUUGAGAUUUGAUCUAAUGCUGGAAACAGAUUCAGACAAACCCUGAAUGUCUGAAUCCUUCAAAACGACGGUGGAUCCGCUUCUGAAAGACUUGGAUGGGAAGAAAGAGAGUUUCCGGCGGAACGUGGUGUCUAUGGCUGCUGAGAUAAAGCAAGUGAGAGGCCGUUUGGUUUCUCAGGAGCAAUCUUUUGUUAAAGAACGCCUUUUUAGAAAAGACGCAGAGACAAAAGGUAAGAACAUGGAAGUGGAGAUCUGUAAAUUGCAGAAGAAGUUGGAAGAUAGAAACUAUCAGCUUGAAGCUUCAACUUCUGCUGCUGAAAAGUUUCUUGAAGAAGUGGACGACCUGAGAUCACAGCUAGCAUUAACAAAGGAAACUGCAGAAACAAGCGCUGCUUCUGCUCAAUCCACACAGCUUGAAUGCUCAAUGAUAUCACAACAGCUUGACGACAAAACACGUUCUCUAAGAGAACACCAAGACCGUGUAACUCAACUUGCCAACCAGCUUGAUAAUCUCCAGAGAGAUCUAAGGACAAGAGAGUGUUCUCAGAAACAGCUGAGAGAUGAAGUUAUUAGGAUAGAGCGUGAGAUAACCGAAGCUGUUGCAAAGUCAGGGAAAGACACAGAGUGUGAGCUAAGGAAACUUGUGGAAGAGGUUUCCCUAAAGAACUUUGAGAGAAUGAAUAGGCUACUAGGUGUAAAAGACGAAGCGAUUGCAAAACUAAAAGAUGAGAUAAGUUUAAUGUCAGCUCACUGGAAACUAAAGACUAAGGGACUUGAAUCUCAGUUGGAGAAGCAAAGAAGAACAGAUCAAGAGUUGAAGAAGAAGGUGGUGAAACUGGAGUUUUGUUUGAAAGAAGCUCGUAGCCAGACAAGAAAGCUGCAAAGGAUGGGGGAGAAGAGAGACAAGGCUAUCAAAGAGCUAAGAGAUCAGAUUACUGGAAAACAAUGGGAUGAAUCGGUUCCUGGAGAGAAACCAAACUUUUGGGAUACCUCAGGUUUCAAGAUUGUGGUGUCAAUGUCUAUGUUGUUAUUAGUGGUUGUCUCCAAAAGAUGAGUUCUUGUGUGUUAAUUUGAUCUUGCACUCAUUUUUUUGUUGUUGUGUAUGUAGUAGUUGCAGUGCAGAUAGUAGUAGUAGCAGUAGAUAAUGGUGCAUGUACCAUUUUAUAUUUCGUUACCGAGUAGGCAAGGUGUUUAAUAUUUCUUCCAAGACAAAAACAAACGAGUACUAAUGAAAAAUCAUUUAGAAGCCUUUUCUGUGUGUUUUGACUAAUCGAUGAUAAUUUGUUUCUUUACAGAAGAAUAACUCUAUUAUACAAAUUGGUUAUACUACAAUUGUAUUCUAUUUUAAAAUAAAUAAUAGAGUGAUGAACAAAAAUAAAUAAAUCAAUUACUCUAUUUAUAGAGUAAAACUAUUUUUUAUUCAAGAAAAAUAGAGUACUAUUAGAAUAUCAUUAACCCUAUAACCCCUUUAUGGGUUUUUUUUUUAAAUUAUUUUUUUUGUUUGAUUAAAAAAAAUUAGUUAAAAGACGAAUCAAUCGCGGGUCACCAUGUGUCGGUGGAGCCGCGAACAGUACAAAAAUCCCAUAAGGAUCGAUCUUUAUUUUGUUGUUUCUGUCACCGGUUUUAUAAUUUUCGGUGGAGUCCGUCACUAGUUUUGGUUAAGAAACCCGUUUAAAUCCUGGGAUAAUCAUGGUCUUAGAACUUUGAUCAAAAAAAAAUCAUGGCCUUAGAACAUUUUUACUCUAUAUUUUGAGGUUAAAAAUACUCUUAGUUAGAAGAAAUGUUGGGGAAAAUGGGAAGUUAGAUGAGAUGAUUAAUGCAAUGGGUCAGAGACACUGUGUUGUUGAAUUGUUGUUAUGAAUGAAAACUGUUUGAAGUCGUGAGUUAUAAGGUUGAAUUGAAAUUUCAAAUGUACUGUGACUGGGGACUUGUUUUGAAGUCUAAUAAGAUGUUGAGAUUCUAGAGGAUGUGUGUUUCAUGAGUUUUUUCCAUGCAUGUGCGAAGAAAGUUAUGACCGACUUUUAAGCAAUUUUACUCGCUUUGUUUUUUCUCCAUUCGUUUACCUUUUUUUUUUUACUAAACCACGGAGAAUUAACAGCUUUACUUUUAGGUAAAUUACUUUUUUGAUUGAUAUGUUUUCUGAGCUAAAAUAAUAGUACAUCUACAUAAGAAAUUCAUAAUCUAAUAACAGAUUACACUAACCAAAUUAUCAGAAUCCAGUUGUUUACUGUAAGAAGAAAAACAAAACAAAACAAAAAACCUUGAUUCAUAAUAAAUUCAGAUCAUCUUCUCCGUAUUUAAACGAUCGUCCAUGGAAGAAUCAAUAAAUAGAAGAAUUGUCCAAAUUUGGUUAAAAAUUCCUCUAAAAUUGAAUGGUGUAGGGAUACAAUUCAAUAAUUGAGGAGUUACUGAGGGUAGCUUACAUAUUAGAUAGGGGAUCCUCUCACCUUAUAAAAAUGGUCGUUGAUUUUUAUUUCAUUUUUGCCUCUCCGACACGUUUGACCCAAUGGCCCAUUUUGGUCUGCUUGGUCCAUUCUUUGUAUCCCAUAUGUAAUGUGCGUAGGUUGACUCAUAAUGAAAGACAAAUAAUACCCUCAUUCAUAACAUUAAGAUGGCUUUGAUUCAUUUUAAUAUUCACACAAUUCAAAAGUUCAAAAUGGGUUCUAAUCAAUGAGUAUUUUUUUCCCAUCAUGCUUAUCCCUCUCUCCUUUGUCGUGUGUUUUGGGAGAAAGAACAAGUUUGAAUGGUCAAAAACUCAAUAAAAGAGGAAACCCCCUAAAACCAAUGUAACUUUUGAAAAUUUUCUUACUUUACAAAAAGAAACUCUAAUCAAAUGUUGUUUAUUUACUGUUAACCAAUACUAGUAUAAAAAUGUCUCCAGACGCAUUAUAAGCAAUGAUUCACCUCACAAGGAAUAAUACUACACAACAUAAAAUAAAAAUUUCAUAAACAAAAGUUAAAAAGACAGAGAGAGAAGAGAGAGAUUCAUCAUCAAACACACAAUCUCUUCCCUAAUCGUACGGAUCUCUUCUUCUUCCUUCAUACCUUCCUCGAUCUGGGAUUCACGUUUUUUUUCAUCGGGUUAAAGGUCUUCUGAAACAUCAAAAUCUUUCCUUUUUGGGCUCGAGAGUCUGAUAAUA